UUCAUUGCCAAUUUGACGACAAGCCUUGGCAUAGUGGCUCAACUUACUGCCUAAUUCGAGGCAUGUGGCUGAAUUUCGAACAAACAUCACAGGCUGACAUGGACAUUUGAAUAAUCCUCCCCUGGUCGAGCCUCUCUCUUCAGAACACAACGCGCAUUCAAGGACCCAUUUUGCCGGCGACCUCAUCACAAGGACAUAGAUUUUAUUGGGGGGAGUGUGCCGCGUAGCCAAACCUUGGCAUAUUGGAACGCCAACUGUUUUGGCAAGGAGAGUACCUACUGAAGGCUAAGCUAGCAACUUAAGGAGCUACAGCCGGUGAAAUCGCUCGCACCACAAGGUCCAGCGGUGAAACCAGGGGACGGAGAAUAUCUUCGUGGAAUCCCUCAAGUGGAAGGGCACACUGACCGCGACCGGCCGCUAUUGUAGGCAAAUUUCGACAUCUCCCUGAUCCUGAGUCGUAUCGGCUACUUCUGGCGAACAUGGCAACGCCGCGAGGCACUGCCGCCUACAAGAAGAAGGAUGGAAUCAUCACCAUCACUGAUGAUAAGAAGACGGUCAUAUGGACCCCCCAAACUGCACCGGGUGGACCGCCAGCAGUAUCACUGGAAAUCACGAAUGUGACAAAUCUCCAACAAACGCCAGACACCGCAGCAAAGGUGAUGCUCAAGAUCUUUGAGAAGCCGGCUGAGGGGGGUGAAGCCGUCCCAUUCUUAUUCCACUUCAACUCAACAGGUGAUCCGAGAGGAGAAGCCAACGCGAUCAAAGAUCUAUUGUCACGGCUUAUUGCUGAGUCCAAAAAUAAUGAUGCCGUCACCACUCGACCUGCCGCUGCCGCUGGUGGUGGUAGCGGUGCUGUUGGCAGUGGCUCGUCUUCCAUGGCUUUUGCCAACACAGCCAACUCAAAGCCAGCAGCAUCUCGAUUAUUCGACGACAAUUCACUCAAGUACGAUAUUGAGCUGCAACAACUACUGAUGAAGGCAGACCGUAAUCUCCAUCAGAUGUAUAUGGAAGCACGCGCAACAAAACCUGAGUCCAUGUCGGACAUCACUUUCAACGCGCAAUUCUGGUCGGCGAGAAUUAAUCUACUACGAGCACAUGCCAUUGAGUCGAGACAGAAGAAAGGCACAUACAAUGUGCUUGCCGAAGUCAGGCCCCAGAUGGAAACCAAUCCCGAUGAUCCUGCCGCACCCAGUAAGCUGAAAUUGAAUAUGAAGGUUGAACAAAUACACCUCAUUUUCAAUCAACAUCCCCUGGUCAAACGCAUAUACAACGAAAAUGUUCCACCACUCUCGGAAGCGGAGUUCUGGGAGCGAUUUUUUCUCAGCAAGCUCUCCGCGAAGCUGAGGGGGGAGCGAGCUACUGGUCAGGAGCAACCUGACAGGGUGUUCGAUAAGUACGACGAACACGAAGACAUGGCAUCUUACUCCAGCAGGUUUAUAAACCAGCACGUAUCGAGGAUUAUCGAUUUGGAGGGCAAUGAAGAGAACCAGGGUGGCUUCAGAAGUGGAAAUCGUGCCGACGUCGAAAUGAGACCGAGAGGUCGAAAAGAUGUGCCACUCAUUCCGACUCUAAACAGCCUGAGCGAGAAGAUGAUGGACGAUUUAAAUUCGGUAGAGACUGGCCUGAUAAAACCAACGAAUCUCGGCGAAGACGUCUACGAUGAACUUGCUUUGCGUGAUCUACGGGGGGAUGAUGAAGAACGCCGGAUCAUGCUGAAUAUCAAGCAACAAAACCUAUUCUUCUCUAGUCAAAUCGAGUUUGGCUCGGCGGCGUCGGAGAUAUAUGCCAAACAGAACCCGGUCAAGGUUCUGAGGGAUCUUAACGAAGAUCUGGAGAAGCUGUAUGGCCGUGGCGCUGACAGUGUGGACUUGCACGGUGCGCUGGGAAUCGACGAUGAUAGUGAUAGCGAGGACGGAGGAGACAAGUCGGCUCAUGUCGGGUCUCGCGCCUCAAGAAAGGAGGCACAAAAGCAGAUCCUGGACAGCAUGCUGCAGAGGAGGGCGCAGGUGUACGGCCAUGCCGAGGAUGAAUUGACACCGAUGGGACUGCCGGUGGACAUUGCCGCACGUUGCAAGUUGACGCACGCAACCACCAUGGAGUUUCUUCACCAGUUUUGGGGGGCAUUUCUCUCCGGAGACCCAGACAGGGCCGCAGAAAUUGGGUAUUUGGUCGAGUCCCUUCAGAGAUCCAAAGCACGGAUCAAUGCCGUCGCCGCUGAUGCAGACAGGGCGCGAGAAGAGGCAAUAGAGAAAAAGAAGCAAGAGAUUCGGGAUAUAUACAAGCGGACCUCGAAGAAGACGAAGAUGCCCAUAAUUCGUGGAGGCAAGGAUGCCGUAGUAAAGCUGAUGGACCCUGUGGUUCAAUCAUUGGACAAAGCGAUAGCUGACUAUCAGAGGGCACUGGCUGCUGAGGGACUUCAGGCUAGCACAGAGGGCUAGUAUAUGGAGAUAAUCUCGUUGGUCAAGAAUUGCUGGCAACGAAAGGAUCAGUGAAGAACGUAAGGGACGGCUUGAGCGUAGCAAGAAUGGCACUCAUACGCGGCUUGUUCGUAAUUAUCUCGAUGAGUCUAUUCCAACACGGCUUGCGUUUCACGAGGUCGUGACUACGCACGUAUGCUUCUCUUUCCCCGACAAACAAUGUCCAGGUCAUUACUCGGGGGGAAAUUCCGAAUCGGAGCAUAGGCAGGGAUACACAGACAGGACGCUACCACUUCAUAGAAGCGAUCAUGACGAAAUCCAGGCAUUGGUUAUUACACA